UAUCCACAAACUCGACAGAUACUCUCGUAAUACUUCUCACUUAACGUCGGCAUACCGAUUGUAAUCCCUCUCUCUCCACCAGUUCGCUUCGGGGCAUGUUCUCCGGGGCAUUCCUCCAUACCAUCUCGUUCAGCCUCGAGUUCUUAAUCAGCAUCUCUUUCGUACAGCUCUCGAGAUGCCACGUUCGGUGCCGCCGUCCAGCUCGUUAUCUAACUGUCAGACAUCUGUUCCUGUCGCCGGAAGCUAAUGUAUUGCUUGCGACGGGGAACGAUUUACAACAAGCGGCUUGCUCAAGCGCGCAACUAUACGCGACUAAUAUAUGUAUAAACCAUCCAGGGCGUGAUUCGAGCUUACUGAAUGCUGCGUGGUUCGUCAGUAGCACCUUCCCCCCGGGGACUUUAUUGCCUAGAUAGAGUGCAGACUCAGCCCCACUCCGCCUACGUUGACCGGUCACUCCCAUUUUCAUUCCACCAUUCCUUCGACCAUGAUAAAAACACAUUGGCCUAUUUUUCUAAUCGCAUACAUCGCUUUCAAAUUUCCCUCGGCCCUACUUACUUCCAUCCAGCGCACCGACUGUCCACGUUUAUUCGGGAGUACACGAUUGAAGCCCACCAAGG